CAUCUGAAGCUGCCAAACAGCGCAAAUGCAACAAACGCAGCAAGCCACGACGGCACCUUUAUCAACCUCCACUCCUCCUCCCUCCUCCGGUGGCUCCGCGGCCGAGGCACCGCCAAAGCAGGUGGCUCUAGCAAUGGAUAAACUUGGACAAGCCGAACGAAUCAUCGCCGACAUCAGAAUCGGCGCCGAUCGUCUCCUCGAAGCACUCUUCGUCGCCGCCGCACAGCCUCACCAAGGCAACAAGCCUCUCCAGUUGUUCCUCAAAGAAGAUGCUUGCAUGCGUCAGUACCUUCAAGACCUUCGAUCCCUUGGUAAGGAACUGGAAGAGUCUGGAGUUCUUAGCGAAUCGGUUCGAUCACGCAAAGAUUUUUGGGGGUUGCAUAUGCCUCUAGUUUGUCCAGAUGGUGCUGUGGUUGCUUAUGCUUGGAAACGACAGCUUGCGGGACAAGCCGGUGCCUCUGCCGUUGACAGGACUAGGUUAGCUCUGAAAGCCUUCACUGAUCAGAAAAGGCGUUUUUUUCCCCAUCUUGAUGAUGGACUUGAAACUAAUGAAUCAGCUUCAAAGAAACGUUGUGAUUCUGAAGAAAUUGCAGCAGAUCCCAAGGAAGAAAUUAGUUUUCUUAGGACACUACCAGAUCUUCUAAAGUCCUUGGAGAAGGAAAUGCCAAAUCUAAAAAUUUUAACUUUUAAACGAUUGGACUGGUUAAAAAGAGCUUCCACUCUUACCUCAUCAACAAAUGAGAGUUCUCUGGAACAUAACUAUCAUGGUUCUAAUAAACUAAGGCUAGGAUCAGUGGGAACUGUUGCGGCAGAGAAGGUUGCAGUGAUAGAAUUGUUAUUCCCAUCUGUCUUCAGAGCUGUUAUAUCCUUGCAUCCAGCUGGUUCCAUGGAUCCUGAUGCAGUUGCUUUCUUUGCUCCUGACGAGAGUGGAAGCCAUGUACAUGCAAGAGGGUUUUCAGUUCAUCAUGUGUUUAGACAUAUUACGGAGUAUGCGGCGACAGCUCUUCAGUAUUUUCUUGGGAACCAAGCUGAAACGUCUCUGUAUUCUCUGUUGCACUGGAUUUGCAGCUACCAGACUCUGUUUUCAAGGCCUUGCAGUAAAUGUUCACGAUUACUUGCUAUGGAUAAAAAAUCAAUUUUACUGUUUCCUCCGGUUUACCGUCCUUAUUGGCAAUUUUCUUUUUUGAAAAUUUGGUUAAGCAUAUCCUCAAAGGACCAGAAUUCCGAUACUACUCAAGCUUAUCAUAUUGGCUGCCUCUCAGAAGAAGUAUAGUUGCAUCUACGAGUGAUUCAGGUGAGCCAAGUGCCCGAUUCAAUUUGGAACUAGCAGGAGAAAGAGAUCUCUAUUUUGAUGUUCUAUAUAUAUUGCCCUUUCCUCAUGUAUAAUUAGGAACGUAGGGAUUGGUGAAGUGAUUUUGUUAUGUUUUUUUUUUCUCUCUUAGAUUGGAUCUUCAGGAAAUUGAUGAUUGCAUGGCUUGGUGUGUAACCAUCAUUAAAGUGACAGCAUCCUAUUCUCUUAAGAUGAUUCAGAUCUUGUUCAUUGAAAGAUUGGUUUUCUGAAUACGAGGAAGUUCUCACUCUGACAUUUGAUCAUUGCGACAAAACCAAAAAGUACAGGAUGGGGAACAUUAUGACCGAUGAAAAGGGCAGUCGAUUGUAAUUUCUGAAAUUUCGUUCUUGGUUCGUUUGCCCAAAAGGAAUGGGAUGGAAAACAAUUGAAUCAAUCGACUUUUGUUUUGCUUGGAUGUGUUAUGUUAGGGAUAGGAAUGUCGGCGAAGGGUAUGAUGGUUAUUAAAUAGAAAUUGGUAUGGAGGCAAUGCCUGGUUAAAAUUGCAGUCUUUGCUCGUUUUCAAUUCACUUUCUUGAAGUUUCACUUUCAGAUAUAGCUGGUCUAUAUUUAACUUAAACUAUCCUUGCUGACAAGAUUUUGUACAACUUUUAGUUGCUGCACUUUCUUAAGCGCAAUUCACUUUUUGCUUACCAUGUUUUUUUAUUUGUUUUCAUGGGUAUUGGGAUUUAUAAUGCUAUUGCUAACUUCCCAUUCUCAAUUACUGUUAAUGUAAUUUUUAUAUUUUUUUAAUAAUAUUUAAUAUAAGCUUU